CAAGCAAGCCGCCAUGCCACAACAGUUGUCCCGAUUUACGUGACCUACAACAGCAACACCCCUUUUGGCAGUUUGGAUCGUGAACUGGGUGCUGGACUGAGCCUUGCGUACCGCGUCCUGCUUUCUUACAUCAACGCAGAUAAUUUUUGGACGCUCCCUAAGGUGCAAGAGGUGGUCGCUGCAAUUGGAAGAGUCACGCUGUCGGAAGUUUUAGGCAUCAUCGCGAUGCAUGCCAUGCAGUACCCGCCCAAUCUUGUUCAACUUCAGGUCGCUGCUGCAGGGUCCUCGUCCAGCUCGAGUUCCAGCUCGCCCGCUCUAACUACCGCCAACCCGCCCCGAGUGAUGUUUGUGCUGAUUCUGGACGAGUUUCAAAGAGCCCUGAUCCACGAGGGUGUCGCUCCAGAGCCGUGGGAUCCUGUCGCAAACAAAAUCGCCAGUCCUUUUCUCCAGUCCAUCGUCGAAGCCAUGGCCACCUGUUCAAUCCGGUCUAUUUCACAGCAAACGUGGCAUUGUACAGCCCUUUUUGCCGGCUUGACCUUCGUGCCCCUGGAGGAGCUCAUCCGCGGCUCGUCGCAUUCGCUUACGCGCUUUCCAGUUCCGUGCUUGACUUUCGGACAGUCGGUGGCUUAUGUGAAGUAUUACAUGGAGACUCAGCGACCCACAUCUUGGCCGCAAGACUUCGAUAUCACUCAAGAUGCUGUUUUCCAACGCGUGUUGAUGUAC